AAAUUAAUAUCCUUUGUAAGAAUGCAACUUCACAUUUGAUUGGUUGACAUAAUAAAAAGAUUGAACCUAUCAACGUGAUAUUUAAAUAUGACAAGUAUUAUCGUUUUGUAAACAUUUGACAAUACUCUUACGUAAAGUAGUAUAUUACUAAUAAUAAAUGAAUAUUCAAAAUUUGAUUAAGUUCAUUGAGUGAAAAUCUAUGAAAUUCAGUAGUCAUAAAAAUGCGUGAAGAUCAAACGAAUGUAAAUGGAAAUACGAUAUUGAUAACUGGAUUUGGACCAUUUGAUAAACAUGUUGUUAAUGCAAGUUGGGAAGCUGUCAAAGAAUUGUCUAAAUUGUGGCCACAAACAGAAUUAUGUAACAUUCAACUAAUAACAAAACAGAUACCUGUAUCUUAUCAAUACGUGUCUACAGAAAUAUCUAAAUUAUGGGAAGAAUAUGAUCCAAUAAUUGUUAUACACGUCGGUGUUUCUUACAAAGCAAGUUGUUUAACUAUAGAACAUAUUGCUCAUAAUACAGGCUACGUACGACCAGACAUAGAUGGUAAAUGUCCCUAUGAAUCACAGGACAUUUGUCAUGCUUUAAAAACUAACAUAAAUGUUAAGAACCUUUGCGACAGUAUUAAUGAAAAUUCAAAAGAAAGUGGAUGCACUGCUUGCAUUUCUCACGAUGCUGGAAGAUAUCUAUGCGAAUACAUAUUUUAUCAAUCAUUGAAUAUUAAAACACACAAAACAUUAUUCAUUCAUGUUCCUGAUCUUAAUGUAUAUUCUAGCCUGCAAACUGCCAAGGGUUUAUACGAUAUCAUAUGUUUUCUUGUUAAAAAUUUAAACGAUGAUUAAAAACGUAUUGAACGUUAUACGUAGGUUGAAACAUAAAUAAUGGCAACUAUUUAUUCACAAUCGAUACAAAAGAGUUACAAUGUUUGCACCUGUUACUGUCCCUCAAAGUAAUCACCCCAGCGUUGUGUAGAACCCAUUGCCAGCGAUGUGGAAGGCGUAGUAUACCAUUAGCAGAGCCUGUUCUGUUGAUGGUGUGAAUGGAGCCGGUCUAUUGCCAUGUCUCAUCCAGUGUUACGAUACGGCGUAAGAAAGCCUCUCAUUCGUGCUCAUAGCACUCCAAGUGCGUCUGAGCAGCGUCGUGACGCAUCCAUUUCUGCAUUUCCAUCAAUUUCAUGCGGAACCCAUCGUGGCAUUCGCUUCAGAACUGUUCCAGAGAUUCGACAGGCAGUAGACCACCGUUCCAUUCGCACCAUCAACAAUAACAGGCUCUGCUAACGGGUUCUAGGACAGUAACAGGUGCAAACAUGUAACUCUUUUGUAUCGGUUGUGAAUAAAUAAAUAG